UGCGCAGAAGGAUGUAAACCGGAAAGUCGGAGAUUGAGAGGGAGGGAGGGAGAGAUCCAGAGCUGAAGACAGAGUAACAGCCAGCGGGAUCCUCUCCCCGCGGAACGAAGGCCCGCCUCGUUCUUUUUCGGUUUUAUUUUUGAUUGAGGAGUUGGCGGGCGGAGGUAGGGUGGGAGGGGGCCCGUGCUUGACUGCGCAGGCGCAGUAUAUGGACGGCGAACACGUCACUAUUAACGCGUCACCGUGCGUGGCCCCGCCCCCUCCGCCUGGCCCCGCCCCCUGGCUGAGGGUGGCUCAGACACAGCGAGCAGCAGCCGGGGGUAGAUGUUAUCAGACGGCAGGAAGCGAAGACGGAACUGUAACAAUGAAGAAAACCAUUCUGUCCCACCGCCGAAACGCCUCAGCAACAGUACUUUGUUGCAGGAUCUACCAAGAGACAGCUGGGACUGCGAGUCCUCAAGCAGUGACAGCAGCAGUAUAGUCAGCAGUCCUGACAGACCGAACGGACAGUUUCCAGCUGAAGCCAAUCUAAGCCGGACCAAGCCAGGCAACAGCUCGACUAUGCUUCAAUUUUCUGAUUCCAGUGAACAGUCUGCACAAGGCCCGUACUUCCAAAUCAAUCAGAUCCUGAGAGAGGCACACUUCUAUAGCUUACAUCAGCGUGGACACCAAACGUGACCAGAAUGUGGGACUGUGUGCCUUCAAUGAAGGACAGGGACUGUAAAUGUAAUCUUUUGGAGUGGAUGUUUGUACUUAGAUGAUUUAAAUUGCACAAUCUUUUCCCUUUUUUGCUCCAUUUGGUUAAAAAUUUAACAUCUUUUCACUCUUUAAAUACCCUUGGAGAAAUGUAAUAUCAAAAUUGUGGGGACUAUAAUAGCACAACUGUAGCCUUGAUUACUUCAUUUACCCUGUCUGGCACAAUUCUAACUUACUAAAUUUGUUCACUGUGGAAUUAAUCUGCAAGUGAGCAAAGUCCUCUAGUGAUGUUGCAACAGGGCUUGUUGAAGAAACAGGGAGAAGGUGAUUAUCUUUCAAAUGCAGUAGGGUCAACUUGGUCUAAGAAGCUUUUUUGCAUUCCCACUGCAUUUUAAGAAAUGAUAUGAAUCUGGAUUAUGACCAAUUUGAAGGUCUUUUAAAAAUGAUCUGCUGUAUUAAGCCUCCAGCAGUUUCCCUGGUAUUUUACAACCAGCUUUUCCUUGAGACUCUCUAAUGCUGUAGCUGCAAACUUUCACGAAUUGUGAAAUUGCAAUCGUCGUUCGGAGGAUGAAGCAGAUACAGUAGUGGAAUUUGUGCAAUUACUGGAGUAAAGUCUAAUGUUUCUGCAGAUCUAGACUGAGAUAAAGGGCUGGUAUAAAGAUUUAAUCCAAGAACCCGUUUAACCAAAAAAAAAAGUUAAGAUGGGUUCUGUUAAUCUGGGCUUAUAUAGUUCUUUGUACAGUUCUGGGAUUGCAUUUGAUACAGAUCAUUUUAACCUGUACUAGACCUGAACACACCGUUAAAUGCAAAAGUAGCUUAAAAAUUGUUUAAAUUGUGGCUCUUGUUAUAAGCAGUUUCCAGAUAUCUGUAUUUUGCUGCUUUUACAUGCAAGUGUAAUUGUAAGUGUGAGACAGACAGCUAUUGUGAGCUUUCUUGAUGGCUGAGUGAACGCAUAGUGAAUAGCUGAGUCACACGGGCCAUGAAGGUCUGACCCUCUGGUCUGCGUUGUUAAUUGUUCUCAGUUGGGACAACAGUAUAGGUUCUACUGACAGAGAACCCAUGCUGGAAAUGUGCAUGCGGCAAUAGGCUCAAGCAAAGUACAGCAGCAUGAAGUUCAGCUGCAGUGACCCCUGUGGUCAAAUAGGCUGCUGACAGCUAGGUGACAUACCAGAGGAUGCCUUUGGAACUGUAUCCCUGCUCAGAGCCACACCUUUAGGAGCGUGCAAGGGGUAGUUGCAAAAAGAAAGAAAAAGAUUAAAAUAACUGUCUUCUAUUUUUAGUUAUUUCUAUGUUAAGAUUGGGUAAAAGUGUAACACAGGUAUGAUACAGUUAAUGACAUUCCUUAUUACUCGAGAAAACCUCAGGGUACACAUGCCUGACUCUUGAUUUGGAAUGGGGCUGGGAAUUUGUUCGUUGUCAGGGAUUUUUUUUUAAAAAUUUGUUCUAGAGUCUGAGAUUUUAUUUUAUUUGUAAGCCUAAAGUUACCAAGCUUAACCUUCAGAAAUGAGUACAAAAAUUAUUGUAACCAUUUACGUUCAAUAAAAUUAAUGAGAUCAUUUGAAAUGCAAUUAAGAAUACAGUGAUGUGGAAGCCCACCGUACAUGAACAAAAUCUUUCAUAAAAUCUUCAGCACUAAGUAGCCAUGAAAUCAAGUAUUGAUGCCCAAGACACUUUGUGUGCUUUUCUUUUCCAGCCUACAACUCUAUCUUUUUAUAUACUGUUUGCACUGAAGCGCAGGUUCAGUUUGGAGCAUUUUAUCCAGAAUUUUAUAGAAUAAGAUUCUGGACAGCUUGCUCUUAGGUUUUCCAUUGUUGGCUGAUUGUGGAAGCAGCUUGACUGCUAAAAUGUGUCUGUUAUUUAUGACCAGUGAUUUACUGAUAAAUAAAAUCCAUCAGUUUGAA